GGCCAGAACGGGGUACCUUUCGAAUCAAUCGUCCUACGAACCUGAGUCCUGGAACUGCUCGAACUCGAAGCCCCAGAAACCCGUGAAGACCAGAACCAGAACAAGAAGCAUCGGCCAUCAUUCUUCAACCGGCUGAUUGGAGACAUGGAUUCAGGAACACCGCCUCUGAAGGUGAUAAUUGUGGGCGGUUCACUAGCCGGUCUCAUGUGUGGCGUUGCCCUGAAGCACGCGGGCCACACGGUAACGAUCAUCGAGAGAGACAAAAACGAGCGGAUGAGCCACAUGGCGGGCGUAUGCCUGGGGCUGGACGCGGAACGCUUCUUGGAACGCCAUGACCGCCACACCAAGGUCUUCUCGCACAGGUCCACGCGCGUGCAAGUCCUCGUUGACGACGACAAGGUACAAAUCUAUGCCAACGGGCGACGGCAAAUCACAAGUUGGGACACGUACUACUUCCGUCUUCGCUCCCUUUUCGAUGGCUACAUCAGCUCGUACUACCCGUCCCCGCCGGAGAGCCUGGACACGGACGGCCCCGCCAAGUAUCAAUAUUGCAGCGAGGUCACACACAUGGCCAGGAGCGGUGACAAGAUGAUUGUCACCAUCCUGAACCGCGAUACCCAGGACGUGUCGCAGGAGAAGGCUGAUCUGGUGAUCGGCGCAGACGGCCCAAACUCGUUUGUUCGCUCUCUGUAUCUGCCAAAUGUCCAGCGCCAGUACGUGGGCUACAUUGCCUGGCGAGGGACGGUACCGGAGAGCAAAGUGUCCGCCACCACGCGUGGCAUUUUUCACCGGAGCGUCACGGUACACAGGAUGAAGCAGCAGCACUGCAUCAUGUACAUGAUCCCUGGUCCCAAUGGCUCCCUAGAACCCGGCGAGAGGCUCUUGAACUUCCUCUGGUACACCAACGAGACGCCCGAGGCGCUCGACGAGAUUAUGAAGGACGGCGUGGACGGGCAUCGACACCACCACAUCGUCCCGGCAGGGCGCGUCCGGCAAGACAUUUGGCAAGAACGGAUCGAGUAUGCCAGGAGUGUGCCUUUUGCCAAGCCGUUCCUAGAGGUCAUGCUCCAGAUUGAGCAGCCGUUUAUCCAGGUCAUCACCGAGUUCUGCUCGCCACAAGCGGCGUUUGAGGAUGGAAAGGUGCUGCUCAUGGGCGACGCGCUCUCGCUCUUCCGUCCUCAUACGGCAUUCAGCGGCACCCAGGCGGCCUUUCACACGCUGAGGGUUGAGGAAUACGUGGCCGGCAAGAUUCCGCUGGCCGAGUGGGAGGAGAAGGUGCUGAGGUUUUCCUACUUGCAUUUCGCACAGAGUAUCUGGUGGGGAAAGAUUUACCAGCAUCACAUCUCGGCUGCGCUACUCGCAGGCCUCGGCUACUGGUCGUACUGUGUCGUCGACAAGGUCAAGUCAUGGUGGAGCGGAGAGGAGUCGCUGCUGAGGACAACGUCAUCUGUAGUAGAGGAGUAUGACUAGUCGUGGGGCUCCCUUCCCUCAUAACAAACCCCUUCCUGCCUAGGUGCACAUGAGGUGAACAUUCGUG